AUGUCAUCUUCCCGACAAGGCCUAGCUGCCAUGCUUCCUCCUGAAGUCUUACACAUUAUCAUUCAUGAUCAUUUAUGUGAAAAUGAACACGCUAUCAUCCGAGUUCCUCGAAAGAAGGCCCUUACAAAUACAGCUCUUGUAAAUAAAAAUUGGUUUCAUGUGAGCAUGCGAAUUUUGUGGAGCAACAUUUUCGAGAACGGCUUUACCUUAUCGACCCUGGAGAUUCUAUUAAGAUGCUUACCGAUGGUGACUAGGAAAAACCUGGGAAUUUACGAACUACUUCCUAAAGGACCUUUGCUGACGCCCUAUGGGCAAUACGUAAAUUCCAUAUUACUGGAGAUGCUGUUCUGUUUCGUCGAUAGAUGGCUCGGAGAAAACCUGCCUGCCAGCAACACUCCAAAAAAAAAGAGAGAACUCGUACGCACCCUACUUGAAUUUUUUAGCACGCAAAACAAAAACCGCUUGAUUAAGUUGGAGGUAGCCGGGCUUCACAUUAACCGACUAUGGGCGAGAAAUUACGAAGUGAUAUUCCAUUCCCGUAAUUGGAUUGAAAAUCUGCAAGUUUUUGUAAUUAGAGCCGCAUUUGACAGCACCAGUUUUGUAAACCGGCUAGCUGAUGUUUGUACAAAAAUUACCACACUAGAGAUCGAUUAUUUCAAUUUCGAUGGAGCUCCCGAAACAGAAGAGAUAAAGGCAGCCUUGAGACUAAUAGCUGCUCAAAAACAAUUGCGUUCUCUUACAUGGAGCAGCGUCGUUAGCGUCGACCCCACAAAACUUCUUGCUGCGUUAUCCAGUGUUGCUUGUACACUAGAACGCAUAGAGAUCGAACAUACCGAUUUUAGUAAUGUUCUCUCAUUAUGCCCUCUUGCCCAAUGUUCAAACCUGGAGACAAUGGUGUUCAAAGAUUGCAGGAAUAUCAGUGAGCAGGCUGUGCAACCGUUGGAGAAGCAACAAAAAAAAUUAACAAAAUUGAGAGAAGUCAAGUUAGUUCGUUGUAACGAUUUCGAGGCUUUGCAAGCAUAUGCAAGGCGGAGAAACGUCCUACAACAAGACAUGACUUUUGAUACGCCACUUUACUAA